ACUCAUCCAAAUUAACGUCUGCCUUGUUUAUGAUACGGGUGGGCUCUCUCUAAUACUUUUCUCGGAUGCGACUAGGGCAUGGAUGCUAUGCUUGAAUUGCCACGUUGUCUCUUACUAACCACUGCGGUAUAAACAGUUUAUCUCUUGCCGAGAGAAAGGGACCAUGAUAGUACAAUGGCCGAUUGGGAUCUCAGUGAUCUGGCUCAGGAGCUAUCCGAUCUUGAAGUCGCUCUUCUCCUCUGCUUAGUUGCUCGUGGGCACCCGCUCCUUGAAACUACCAACGAUGGAAUCGAUGACGUUGCCAAAGAGCUUUCUCUGAUCUGCUCCAAUAAGUUUGGUCUCUCAUGUGCAGUUCUAGAUUGUUCGUCUGUGACUUCCGUGGAAGAUUUCUGUAAUGGGAUCGCUGCGAGUGACAGUUGUAAAGGCCAGAUUCAACCGCCAGGGUCUAGGGCGGAAUCUUCUAGCAAUUUCUCGAUACUCCAGGGCUCUCAAGAACCCAGAAAUCGCUCCAGGUCGCUAAUUCGGACUGAGCUCGAGGUCGUCAACGUUGUUGUCGCGAAAAAUUUUAAUCAUGUUGAUGAAUAUAUUCAGCUCCAGGCACUCGAGUUAAUACACUCAAAGAAGCUUAUGACCGCAAAGGCAGACCUUAAUACCCCUGAACAUUUUCUGUUUGUACCACUGGUAGCACGGAAUACCGAAACUCUACAGCCGGGCUUGAACACGCAUUUUAAUGACCAUCUGCUCAUCUCACACUUUCACGAUCCCAAAGAUGGAUACACGUAUCUAGAAGACGGAAAUGACUGGCUUUCUGAUGGCCAAUCCAUAUCAUCUGUUGUCCACAAGCCGGCAUCGAAACAAUAUGCCAAAGUUCCUCAACUACUCCUGUAUAAGUUCCAACGAGAAGGUGACGCCGUCACCAUGAGCGCGGAAGUGCUCCGCUACCAGCAAGAUAUUAUCAUAUUCCUCCGCCUCAGUCGGGCGGUUGCGGGUGGGAUAACAACCAAGUCAAACAACUACUUUCUGCGGUUCUCAAAAUUCCUAGCCGCGUUACAUGGACUCGACUACCUCACCCCUUCGAUCGCCGCAUUGGCCGCGAAAAAAGUCUUCCGCCAUCGAAUCAUAAUCGCAAAACCGGAAGACGACCGCAGUCUGCAGUACGGUAGUGAUCUGGAGGCUGUUUCGCAGGUUCUGAGGAAUGUUGGCCCGGAGGAGAUUUUGGAGAGCGUGCUUGCAUUGGAGGCACCUCUGUGAACGCCGCGUAUACUCAUUGCUCUGUGCCCUUUAUAUCUCAAUUAUAGAAGGCUUUCAGAUCCAAUUUCAGCGCCAGUUCUCUAAUAAGUGGAUCUUUCCGCGUGGGGUCACAUCAAGCUCUAUGCAUUCCAUUUAAGGAACGUCGAUAAAAGAUAGUGGUUCUAUAGGUUAUCCGUAGGAAAGCAUACUCCUCCGUGCAGCUACUAGCUCAAUUGUGGGCCAGUCCUUCAGCAAUAAUGACGUUGCCGGUUUCCCAACUCAGACACUUCUUGACAUCUUCUUACAAAG